UGUGUGUGUGUGUGUGUGUGUAUGUGUGUGUGUGUGUGUGUGUCGUCACCACACGGUGAUCUUUCAGCAGAACUAAAUCCAGCUGUUAAACUCCAGCAGUCCAGCAGCAGCCUCCGGAUUCGGAAACGCACGCUGCUUUCUCACCCACACCGUCCCAUCAGAUCCGGUCUCGCGGUUUCCGGUGAAGAGCCGGAAACUUCCACCGGUCGGGAUGGACGGUGAUGCGGAGCUGCGCGCGGAGUUCACUGACGCCGCGACCGGGAGACUCAGAGUCUCCGUGACCUUAACGGACAGCUGUCUCACGGUGAGAAAGAUCGGCGGGUCGCCCGUGUGGCAGCACGGACACGAGCACGCGCUCGGCCUCAGUGAUUGUGUGGGAUGCCGCGCUUACCGGAGUGAGGACACGGCGGACCCGGCGGCGUAUCUGUCCGCUUACUUCUACCCUGCGCGGCGCAGCUGGACCGGAGCUACCACCGGCCGCCAAAGGGUCGAGCACCGAUUCCGGGUGGUCACCGGGGAGGACCCCCGUGCUAACUUAGAGGAGGCGGAGAGGUGGGCGCGCGCUGUUAGACACCGUGCGUCGCAGCACGUUCCUAGUGUUAAAGAAGGUGUUGAGUUGAGCCGUGUGUGCAUCAGCCGGCGUGUGAUGGUGUUGGUGAAUCCUCAGAGCGGACGAGGCCAGGCGAUGACUCUCUACACGGGCCCUGUACUGAGCAUGCUCACUGAGGCAAACAUCUCUCACACACUCAUCACCACAGAGCAUCAGAACCAUGCACGUGAGGUAGUAAGAAAUGCUGAUCUGUCACAAUGGAGUGCCAUCGUCAUCCUGUCAGGGGACGGACUUCUGUUUGAGGUGAUCAAUGGCUUGAUGGAGAGAGAGGACUGGGAUGAAGCGAUCCGCACACCACUUGGCAUUCUCCCCGGAGGAUCUGGCAACGCUCUGGCAGCAUCAGUGCACCAUUACACACAGGCUGGCCCUGCAUUGGGUGAGGACUUGCUGCUAAGCUGUUGUUUCCUACUCUGUAAAGGUCUGGUGUGUCCUCUGGACAUCGUAUCUGUACGUCUCUCAUCUGGACCCUGUCUGUUCUCCUUCCUGUCGCUUGCCUGGGGUUUCGUGGCUGACGUGGAUAUUGAGAGUGAAAAGUUUCGACAUGUCGGCGCCAUGCGUUUCCUUGUGGGCACUCUUCUGCGCCUGGCAUCUUUACGCACCUACCAGGGCAAGCUGGCAUUCCUGGAGGACUCUACCUCAGCAUCUGUUUCCUCUUCUCUCACUUCGUGUCCUCGUUCCCCUUUUCGUUCCACUGUUCAGUGUACAUCACACAUCCAGGGGCAGACCAACAUUCAGCAUGACAGUGAAAAUACACCCCAUAACUUUAAUGAUGAUGAUGAUGAUGAUGUUUUACUCCACAAAAAGAAUUCAAAGGAUGACAGACUAGCAGACAACCUCUUGAACCCUAUUGGAGAUCCGGUACCAACAGAUUGGACCGUUGAAACAGAGCAAGACUUUGUUCUGGUUCUGGCAACCUGCCACUCUCACCUGGCAGAGGAGCUGAUGGUGUCACCAGAUGCUCGCCCUGAUGAUGGGUACCUUCACCUGGUCUACAUAAAGGCAGGAAUAUCACGACCAGCCUUGCUUCGACUCUUCCUGGCCAUGGAGAAAGGAACACACCUGACAUGCGAGUGCCCACAUCUGAUGUACCGGCGUGUUCGUGCACUGAGGCUUGAGCCAAUCACAAAGCCUGGAGUCAUUACCGUGGAUGGGGAGCAGGUUGAGUAUGGGCCGAUUCAAGCUCAAGUGCACAAGGGAUGCGCCAGGAUCAUAUGUGGAUGACCUCUGCCAAAAGAGUGAUGGUGGAAAAUGGAAUUAACCUGAAGUUGAUCCUGUUUGGUUUAGACAUGGUCUUUUUGGACUAGGCAAGAUUUUGUAAAAUACUCUAAUACAAGUACAUUUUUAAUGCUAAGAACUGCUUUGACUUACCAGAAAAAUGGGUUUAGUCCAUAACAGUUUUGUUUAGA